AUGUUGUGGUUUAUGUUUUUCGGUGCAGUGUUGUGCCGGGCCCUCGGCGCAAAAACUAGGCCGCAUAUUGUUAUCAUCUUGGCAGAUGAUUUGGGCUUCAACGAUGUGGGUUUUCAUGGCUCCAAUCAGAUCCCGACGCCGAACAUCGAUGCGCUGGCCUAUUCCGGAAUGAUACUCCAGAAUUACUACGUGACACCGAUCUGCACACCUUCCAGGUCCGCACUCAUGACUGGAAAAUAUCCCAUUCAUACUGGAAUGCAGCAUACCGUCAUAUUUGGCACAGAACCCUGGGGCCUGCCUCUCUCGGAGAAGCUCUUGCCUCAAUACUUGAAGGAUUUGGGGUAUAAAACUCAUCUUGUUGGCAAAUGGCAUCUCGGGAAUUACAAGAAAGAAUACCUUCCAUUACAUCGAGGAUUCGACAGUCAUCUCGGUUUUUGGACAGGCAAGAUCGAUAUGUACGAUCACACUAACAUGGAAAAAGGAUCGUGGGGUUAUGACUUGCGAAGAGAUUUCGCAAUGGCCGAUGACCUUUUUGGACAAUACGCAACAGACAUAUUUACCAAGGAAGCUGUUAGGUUAAUUAAAUCACACAACGAGAGUGACCCCAUGUUUCUAAUGGUGUCACACUCAGCGGUGCACAGUGGCAACCCUUCUGAGUUUAUAAGAGCUCCGGAUGAACUGGUUCAGAAUUUCUCCAAUAUUGAAGACUACCAACGGCGGAAAUUUGCUGCAGUGAUGUCAAAACUCGACACGUCAGUUGGCAAGGUUGUGCAGUCGCUAAAGAAAAACGGCAUGUUGGAGAACUCCAUAAUACUGUUCAGCACUGAUAACGGAGGCGCCGCAGCAGGCUUCAAUAAUAACGCCGCAUCCAACUAUCCCUUGAGAGGGGUGAAGAAUACCCUGUGGGAAGGUGGCGUGCGCGGCGCGGGGCUGCUGUGGAUCGGGAAGGGCGUCACCGCGCCGGGGAAACGCGCGCGACUCUCGCGCGUGGCGACGCAGCGCUUGCAGAUCGCGGACUGGCUGCCCACCCUGUAUAGUGCUGCCGGGGGGGAUGUUAGCGUUUUUGAAAAUCUGGAUGGAAUGAAUCUUUGGGAUGCGCUAUCACAGAAUAAAGAAUCGGGAAGAACAAGCAUAGUACAUAACAUUGAUGACAUCUGGGGUAGUGCCGCUAUUACUGUCGGUAAAUGGAAAAUUCUAAAAGGUACUAACUACGGCGGAGAUUGGGACGGCUGGUACGGACCCAGUGGGAGGGAAGGGGCAUAUAACUUGGAUUUAGUAUUGAUGAGUGAAGCUGGCGUUGCUAUCAGCGACAUGGGAAUGAUGCCGUCUAAAGAAAAAAUGACUGAAAUCAGAGAUGAAGCCACAGUAAAAUGUAACGAGAGUAUUCCAAUAAUUUCAUGCAAGCCGUUAAAAAAGCCAUGUAUUUACGACAUCAAGGAAGAUCCUUGCGAACGACAGAACCUGGCUGAGCAAUUUCCUGACGUACUGCAAAGAAUGUUGACUGAAUUAGACAAGGUGAACAAAACAGCAGUACUUCCCAACAACAAGGACAUCGAGCCUAGAGCAGAUCCCAAGUACUGGGGCCGAGUGUUCACUAAUUUCGGCGACUACCUACAUUUAAGUACGCCUUGCCUUUGUUAG